UCAACAAAUGGUAAGCUUUGAAUGACAAUAGAGGCAGUUCUUGUUUGUCAUGCUGUUAUGUGUCAGUGGUUCCCGGUGUGAGUUCAGAGUGUUAAAAAAAACAAAAAAACUGAGGAAGCAGCUCAGUUCUCUGCAGACAGCCAACUGACAGGAAGGAAGGAGCAACUACUACACCGCGGCUCGACACAAACUUUUAUCUUCGAUUCCUCUUCAAAAGCUGCGACACCUUUCGUUCUCAUGGCUGGCUGUAUGGAAACGUACAUGCUGACAAAAAAAGGGGGUACUAGAGCUUAGCAGUACCCAACCCCCCUCCCUCCUCUUCUUCAGUGCACAAUAUCCUCUUUUGGAUGCAGCCAGCCCCCGUUUUUGUGUUAUCUCUUUGGUUUUAGCGUGGCACACACACACACACACACACACACACACACACACACACACACAGUGGGGAUGAUCGUCUGGGCAGAUGGUGCUCAGUAUGUGGAGUAGAAGCUGAGACGAGGCACAGAGGGACAGACUCCUCGUCCGUCAUGGGAUGCUGCAGUGUGACCCAGAGGCAUACUGGAGUGGACGAGGUGGGCCCUGAUGAGAUCGAGCUCCUGGAACUCUCUGGAGACAAUUUAGGGGUGUGGAGUCUGGCAGAGACCAGACUGCAGCUGUCAGUGAGGAACAGCCGAGAUGAGCAGGAGCCUCCACCACCACCACCACGCUACCCUUCAGUACGACACCUAGAGCAAGAGGUGGUGCUGUGGGGCAGGAGCAGAGAUGAGUUGCACCACAGGAUUUACUCCCACCAGCCAAUCAGGGAGUGGGAGGGACAACCUGCCCACAUGUAUGGAGAGAUCAUCCACUCCUCUUUGGUGUCUCUCUAUAACAGCUACACUCAGGAAACCAGUGAACACUUCUUAGUGUUGUUUUCUUUCCACCUGCUGAUUCUCUCCCUGGACCACUCUCGACAAGAAUUCAUUUAUGAGGGCAUCCUUCCUCUUUCUGGACUUUCCUCGCAAGCCGUCUCCCUGGACCCUGACACGUCACAUUCACCACACAUGUUUGAGAUCAGCGGUCCCAUGGUGGACUCUAAGGUCUUCAUAUGCGCCAGUGCUGCAGAGUUACAAAAAUGGAUGCAACACAUAGAAGACAGGAGAUACAAGUCAACGGCACAACCCAUGAGUCCCUCACACUGCGCUCUCUCCUAUCUUUUACCCUGUGAUGAACACUGGAAAAGAGAAGAACUAAAAAAGUACUUAUUUCAAGCUCCCAUAUGGGAGUGGGAGGGCGCACCGAUACAGCACAUGGGUCAGCCUGGAUACAUGUCUAUCGUCCAUAUCAUCAACACUCAGAGACAGGGACUCCAAGAAAGACUGAUGGUUCUCUUCCCUCAAGACGUCCUGCUACUGUCAGUUGACAACAAGCGUCUGAAUAUAACAUAUGAGGGCAGGUUACCCCGACACAGCAUCAAAGCAGUAGAGAGGUCAGCUCUGCCCGGACGGCUGGAGUUUGAGCUAAUAGGUGAGCUGGUGGAGCCCCUGCAGGUCUCUUGUACCUGUCUGGAGGAUUAUCGCAACUGGAUGUUUCAAUUACAACAGCCGGAUAGAAACAAUCUCGUGAGUCAUGCUGCACCUCCAGUCAUGCCAAAGCUGCGGAGGAGCAGGAAGGAGUCCCGGGAACCGAUGAUAACAGCCGACCAAUGUCACAUCAACGGACGCAGCUGACUCGUCUGAAUGUGGAAAAACUCGACUGCAAGUUUAAAUCUGAGAGAAUGUGUAGAUAGUAUGUACAUAUUACUUUAUGUCCAAUUGUGCCACAAAAUGGAGAUACAGCAGUUAGGAGGCUCUGGUAUUUUUUUGCCCUAUUUUUAUACAUUUGGGUGAUUUUGUCACUCAGAGGGACUGGAAAGAUACUUACAGUUUCCUUUCAUGUGGGGACAAACAGACACAGGGUCAUGACCCAGUUCAAGGCCAGAUCACAGCCGAGGACAUGUUAGGCGUAGAGACUGUAGAGCUGUAAAGGUUACUGAAGAAACUGUACAUAUUUAGCUUGAUGUCUGCUUGAUGUCCAUAAAA